UCUUAUUUAAUUGAUAGCGCUUGGAGUCUCACUCCUCUCCUUGUCCGUUUGAGUUGUUUGGAGGUUUCAGCCAUGGUGGAUUUUCAAACUGCUACUGUAUGUUGCAUGUGCGGCGACGUCGGAUUCUCCGAUAAGCUUUUCCGGUGUCACAAAUGCCGGAACCGCUUCCAACAUUCGUAUUGCAGCAACUACUACAGCGAAUCAUCGGAGCGGAUGGAAGUGUGUGAUUGGUGCCAAACGGAAGAAAGAAGCGCAACAAGGCACGGGAGCUCAUCGAAGAAAUCGGUUGGGGGGCUGGAGGCAGGAGUGACGAGCAGAUCCGAGUACUCCGGGGACAAAAUCAAGCAGCAUGAUCGGGAGGAGAGCGGGGAGAAGGGGAAGAACCCUAGCGGGGCGCCGUCGCCCAGGCCCACCACUCGAAGGUACAAGCUUCUCAAGGAUGUAAUGUGUUAAUAGACCAUGUCACAAAGAGGGUUGUGUUCAUACUAGUAAUGUUAACAGUAAGUUGUCUUGUGUUUCGUUUUUAUCGAUCAAAGCUCUGGGUUUUUAAGCAAGUUGUUGAAUAAUAAUAUUAAUAAUAAAACUUUUCUCAAUCUCAAGUUUUUAA